ACGGGCGAAAGAAGGUUUGUUGCCCUGACCGAGAGCGGUUCACGGCUGCGGCUGUCGUUAGAUUGCUGAUGGCGAAUGUUGGAAGUGCGAUGGCGGAGAGGGAGGCGCGGUAAAAUGGCUAGAAGGGAUAAUUACAAGAGUAGGUGCGCAUGAUCAGGGGGGCGAUUACGCGGACGGAAAGGGAAAGGGAUUGGGAAAGGGAAAGGGAAAGGGAAGCCAGUGCUAAGUGUUACGCACCCGCCUCUUGCAGUGAUUUGCGGGAAGUCUUUUGACCGUGCUUUCUCCCGCAGCAGGCAACGGUGCGGACAGGAGUAUACAGGACUGGGAGUGAUAGAGCAUACAGGACGUCGCUGAUCUUCGCGUAGGGGUUUGGCGCGUGCAGGCAUUCUUGUAGCUUGCAUGGGGUCAAUGACUUGUGUCUCCUUUGUGAAGAGUGUCUCCUUGUGUUCAAAAUAAGCAAGUGGUAUUUGAAAGGCAGGCGAUUUGCACAUUUAUGCUCGGGAGUGCGUUUGCUGGGGCAGUUGGUCGGAGUUGUGGAAGAGAGAUUGAGGCAAAGGGUAACGCGGGGCUGGUCGCAUCUAGCUGCUAUGUUGAAUAAGACGUGCGUCGGGUGGUUGGCAGACUAGAGAGGAGUGUGCAGUAGCCUGCCAUUUUUAAGUGAUUUCUGUGGUAGUCUUAGCUUGCGAUCAAUCAUCGCGCCUGUACGUUGCGGUUAUCGCGCUUGCUAGCGUGGCAUAAUGAGCUGCGAGGACGACGAGAAGGCGCGCGUGUCCGCUGAUGGAGAUGCAGGAAGAGACCUUGCUCACCGGCAAGGUGACUGCGAUGAAGAGGGAAAUCCACAACAUGGCCAUGGGUCUGCCGGGCGCUUGACAGGGGACGCAAAAGUAGGUGUCAACGUGAACAAUGGGAGUGUGCGAGAGGCGGGAGAGGAAGAACGAGGGGGGAGGCGGGGGUUGUCUCCAGCUGUAAGCGGAGGAACGUCUCCACGCGAGAUGCGGAGUGGCGGCGGCGGCGGCGGCGGCAUUGGUGCUCCCGCGGCGGAUGAGAGAGCGUCGUUAGGUGAGAGAGAAAACGGCGGGAUGGACGGCGGGAAACCUAAGCUGUCGGGGAAGGAAGAUGUGUCGAAUCCGGUGGCGGCGGCGGGGGGAGGAGAUGCUGGAAUGAAAGAUGCUAGGCGGUCGCGCGCGAGGAGUAACAGCAGAAGCAGGAGUCGCAGCAGAAGCGGCGGACGCAAGAGAUCCCGCUCUCGGUCUAGGUCGCGAUCGCGAUCAAGAUCUCCUGCCUAUCGGCGGAAGGACUCGAGAAGGCGGUCGCGUAUGAGUCGCAGUCGCAGCGCUAGCCGUAGCAGAAGCCGCAGCAGCCGCAGUCCGCCUCCUAGAUCCCGAGCUCCGCGCAGCAGUCGGUCGCCGCCUCCGCACAGAGACGGCUCGAGGUACAGGAGGCGCAGCUACAGCCGUAGUGGCAGCCCGCCCCGCUACAGACCCCGCUCGCGCAGCCGUGAAAGAAAGCGCUAUGACUCUCGCUCUCGCUCCCCGUUCUAUCGUCGUGGCGGGAGGGGUCCGCGGUAUGCAGUACCGCCUUAUGGCAUCUACGGUGGAUAUGGCGGCGGCGAUUCCAUGGGCGGCUCUCGAUGGCAGAUGCAGAGUCCAGAGAUGUGCAGAGAUUUCAUUGCUGGAAGGUGCCACCGAGGUCCAUCCUGCAGAUACUCUCACUCCACGACUGGUUCUGACUCACAUGAGAGGAAAUACUCCGGACAUAUGGCUCCACUGUGCCGCGAUUUCUCGAAUGGGAGAUGCAGUCGAGGAUCAGAUUGCAGGUUCUCUCAUGAUUCAGGCGGCACGGGUGGAGGCUACUAGAGCUUGGUUGUGGAGUCUAUCCUGAUGUUUGCAAGGGAACAUGCGAAUUGUGUGCACCUUGCUUUCGUCGCUCGUGUGCUGUCUCCUCGAUGAUUGUCUGAUCAGCGGUGGGUAUUAUGCAUCCUUGAACUUAGUCGUCUAUGCAUAUCACUGGGAGCUUAACGCAGGUAAAGGUAGUGUACUAGCAUCGCCGGAAAGUCAGCCAAUGUGGUGUACAAUUCAGGAAUUCAUUCUCUGAUUCCGAUGCUACUGACGGGCUUACUUAGGCGCACCGGGGAAGUUGCUUGAUGCUGCAAUGAAUCAUCUGUUCAUCAAGUGGGGUCCAUGAGGGGAAAAGGUUCUUGGUUGGGACUCGGGAGGAGUUGUAGGGAAAAGAGUCCAGGUGCGUGGUUCAGAUAGGAUAGAAGAAAGGGGGCGUGCGCAGGCCCUAGAACAAAGUCUCUGAUUUUGAUUUUUGUCCGCUUUCUCGUAGCGGAAUAGAUCUACCAUUUCUUGUCCUGUGGUUGUGUCCAUUAUGAACCAGAUCAGAUGGCUUCUUCUCGGUGAUAGGUGUUAGUGAGCUGCAAUUUUGGAAAGGUGCAGGGGGCUCUCCGUGCCACUUAGUCAUAUUUUGGUGACGGCCACGUGGGUGAGUCUGACUGCUACUAGAUGGCUUCUUCUCAGUGAGAGGUGUUGAGUGAGCUGCAAUUUUGAACAGGUGCCGUAGGGUCUCCAAGCCAAAUAGUCAAAUUGCCGGUGACCGCCAUGUGGGUGCGGCUAAUUGGCAUCACUAGGUCAUGACUCGCUCCCCAAAAUGUGAGAAAUCGGGGCGUCAUUAUGGUUUUCCAUUUGGGUCAGCGUUUGCCUGAUUUAUUGUGGAUCACUUUGAGAUAGGCAAAUUGAAGCCUUAUUGUGGAUCACUGUAAGAGGAAAGAAAUGUUGGAUGGGUACGAUGUAGACAGGGGAGAGAGAGAGAGAGAGAGAGAGAGAGAGAGAGAGAGAUGGGGAAGUUGAUGUGUGGGGCAGGGAAAUGACAAUGGUCUGUGAGUCCCUUUUGAAAUGUCUUCUGGCCGAUUCUUGGGUGCAGUGUCCUCUUUUUAUGUGAUUACAAUUUGUUGAGUAUCGUCUUUUUGCCAAGAUACGUUUCGGGGUCCUUGAUGGAUCCUUUGGAUUUUCAUGCUUAUGUCUGAGUGGAAGAGGAGUUGAUGUCAUGGAGUAGGAGUAUGCUGAAGGUUAUCCUGACAUGUUUGAGCGGCAACUGGAAAGAGUCCUUGGGCAGGUGCGUAAGUGCAUGCUGUCACUGGCACAUCAAGGUUAAUGUCAGGUGUUGAUAGCCAUCGCAUUUUGUUUGUGCCUAUUUUUUUUAUUUUUUUUUAAAUUGCUUCGGCUGCUUCAUCGCAUUUUGUGUGUGCAUCUCAUGGUUUCAGUUCUAUGCAUGGAAUGAAUGAAACAACACUGUCUAUAUGGGAGCUGUUGGUCGAUAGGCGUCAUCUGUCUGUCUACAUCUUCACUAAAGCCCUGAUAAAUGCCAUUACUUACC